UCCAAUCGAAAAACGAUGUACCGAUUGCGGGUCUUCAGCUAUUCGCGCUGCCUUCUGUUCUUCGCGGUGUCCUUAAGUCUUCCGACGAACGUGAGGCCCUGCGAGCACUACGUCUUCUCUGGCUGCAAUUCCCAGUGGCAGUACUGCGGAUGCGAUGUACCGGCAGUCAAUCUCAGCGCCAUCCCGCUCAACGCCACCGUCAUCGAGCUGGGCGACCGGCACUCGUGGACGGGGCUGUGCACACCCAGCUGUCUGCUGGACACGUUCGCGCCCCUUCCCCACCGUCACAACGUGACCAAAGUGCGAUUGUACAAUAUCUGGGCGGCGCCCAAUGACCGGCCGUUUCCCGUCGCCCGCUUUCUACUCAAUGUGCGGUCGACGUUGAAAUUUUUAACGCUGUCUCGCAUCUUUUUGCCCAGGAUCACGCGGGGCACUUUUGCCGGGAUGACGGCGCUGCGGGGACUGGCCCUAGCGGCCAACCGCAUGUCAGCCAUUGACGCUGAUGCAUUUAGCGUCGUGGACGGUCGGUCAGAUUUACCGCAACUGAUUCGGCUCAGCAUCACCUAUAACAAUAUCACGAUGCUUGAUUGGAAUGUAUUCAAACCGCUGACGAGAAGUGUCGAGACGAUUGACCUGACAAACAACAAUAUCCAGAGGAUUUUUCUCAGCGGUUUCUUCGUCUCGCACAUCGUGGAGGUUGUGGACUUGACGAACAACCCCAACCUGACGAGCAUCGACGACAGCUUUCUGCGCAGCAUUCACCGAGCAAGCAGAUGGCCCAGACCGUAUCUGGGUUUGAGGGAAACACCCCUCUGCUCGUCGGUCGCACAGUGCCCUCGGAUAACCAAGAUUUACGGCCCGCUGGAGGACUGCUGCCGGGAUACAGCCGGCUAGCAGGUGAAAAGAAACGCCGGUCUUGGCACAAUGACCGAUUUACCGAAGAGUGCUGAUUUUCAGACGGCAGUAGCGAGCUUUAAUUGGUUCAGUUCGAUUUUGGCUUCAGUGACUACCUUCUCUGAUCACCUUGCCGUAAGCGCAGGCAGCAGGAAACAGAUUUAUCUGAAGCUGAAAAUGGAAAAGUUGCUUUUUCUUUUUUCGUUCAUACACAGUCAUGUAAGUGAAGUAAAAAUAAAAAAAGAAUUACUGA